AUGAGGAUAUUACGUUGGAACUGCCAAGGGCUUGGGAACCCUUGGACAGUUCGAAGCCUUUGCAAACUAGUAAAGGAUCAAGCUCCCAUGGUGUGCUUUCUAAUGGAGACGCGGUUAGACAAAAAAGGUUAUGCGAAGCAUUGUAGAGAAGUUCCUUUUCCUAAUAAAUUUAUUGUUAAAAUGCCUGACUCUGGUGGUGGAUUAGUGCUGUUAUGGAAAGCGGGUGUGGAUGUGGAAGUUAUUAACUUCAUAAAUAACCAUAUUUUGGCAAGAGUGGGGGAAGAAGAUGGGUCUUACUGGUACCUAAUAUGCUUUUAUGGUUGGCUUGAGCAUACUCAAAAGUUUAAGUCUUGGGCUCUGUUAGAUCACUUGGCCACCUUUGUUGAUGGGCCGUGGCUAUGUAUAGGAGACUUCAACGCCAUUUUACAUACUUCGGAGAAGCAAAGUGCUCGACCUUCGUCAUAUGUUCAGAUGGAUGAAUUUCGCACCGCUUUGGAGAAGUGCAACUUGGCUGACUUGGGUUUCUUAGGCUACCGAUUUACGUGGAAUAAUAAGCGUCCUGGACAUGCAAACACAAGGCAGCGACUUGACCGGGCAGUGGCGAAUGUGGAGUGGCGUUCAAAAUAUCUAGCCACCAUAGUCACGCAUCUUUUUUCUCAUGCCUCGGAUCACUUGCCCAUAAUCCUUCAAGCCAUGACCGAGAGACGGAUGAACGUAAGGAGCAAGAAGGGAUUUAAGUUUGAAGAAGUUUGGCUAAUGUGGGAUGACUGUGAAGCGGUGGUGCGUGAGUCUUGGAACACAUAUGGUGGUGCGGCUUCACCUUUGGAUGCUGUUAAGGAAAAAAUCAAGAGGUGUGGGGCCAACUUGCAAGCAUGGGGGGCUGUUAGAACAAACCCGGAUACAAAAAGGAUCAAAGCACUUGAAAAAUAG